AUUACACAAAAGGGUGGUGGGGUGGCAGCUACAACUUUUGGUCUUGUUUGUUUAGAGCUUGCAAAGGUUAGCAAAACCGUCCAUGUUUAUUUCAUGAAUGAUGAAGCCUUGAGAUCUUCACUGUGUUUUCUGGUGCAAAUGGAGAAACAAUUGAACUCUUGUACACGCAUUUAUUUUUCAAAUGUAUGCACCGAAUACACAACAACCUUUGAAAACAGUAAUCUUGUGAUCUAUGGCAUGAGUUGUUUAGCUCACCAACCUCCCAAAAGCAAUGCAUGGGGAGAGCUUGAUAGUAGGCUACAUGAUGAAGCUCCCGAGAAGAGGAUUUUUCAAAGGCACCAAAUAUUAUUUUGCCUGUUUCAUGAUAUUAUCCCAUAA